GUGUAUAUAAAAUGGCCACAUGGCGAAGGAUUCAUGUUCGUUUAGUCACCAAGUUUAGUGUCUUAAAAAGUGGUUGUAUAUUUUAUAUCUUAGUAGCCAAGAAAUUGUUUAAAAAUGAGUACAGAUAAAGAAGAAGCAAUGAAUAAUUCAGAAUCAAACGAAUUUGUUAAACCAAAAAAAACAACAAAGCGACAUGUGAAUGAAAGUCGUAUGGAAAUCGAAAUAGUUAAUGGUAUAGAAGGAAAAACAGAGUCAGGUGUAACCUCAAAAAGAGUUAAAAUUAUACAACACACUGAACAAAGAAAGAUAUCUGUACCUGCUCAUAGGUACACUCCUUUAAAAGAAAAUUGGAUGAAAAUAUUUACACCUAUUGUGGAACAUUUGCAAUUGCAAAUAAGAUUUAAUUUGAAAACACGAAAUGUAGAAUUACGGACAGCUCCAGAAACUUCUGAUAUUGCUAAUUUGCAGAAAGGAACUGAUUUUGUCAAGGCAUUUAUUUAUGGUUUUGAUGUGGAAGAUGCUUUAGCUCUAUUACGUUUAGAUGGUUUAUUUAUAGAAACAUUUGAAAUUCAAGAUGUAAAGCCUUUAAAAGGUGAUCAUCUUUCUAGAGCAAUUGGAAGAUUAGCUGGAAAAGGUGGAAGAACAAAAUUUACAAUAGAAAAUGUAACAAAAACUAGAAUUGUAUUGGCAGAUAGUAAAAUUCAUAUACUUGGUUCUUUUCAAAACAUACAAUUAGCGAGAAGGGCUGUAUGUAACUUAAUUUUGGGUAGUCCUCCAUCAAAAGUUUAUGGACAACUUAGGAAUGUAGCAAGUAAAGUUUCAGAACGAUUGUAAAAUAAAAAAUCGGAACAAAUACAUUAAUUUAUUAAUUAAUUUGAUACCAAAUCAAUAUAAAUUCAUUAAUUUAAAGAAGUAUUUGAUACUUGUACUUCCUGGGAACUUUGUUAAGAACUAAUCUACCAUCAUAACUUAAUGAUGCAAAUGUCCAAGGAUCAGCAGAUGACCAUUCAACUGCAUAAACACUAUCUUCAUGUUCUUCAUACCUACCGACAACUCCAUCUUCAAGCCUAAAAAUAACAUAAUUUAAAUUGUUUGAUUGUAUUUUGAUUAUACAAUAUUUUAAUUAUCAAUUGUUACUUGUUUUUCUUGCAAUUGUAAUCAUUUUGUGCACAAUCAUCUUCAGGAGUUACUAUAUGCCCAAAAGGUUCUGAAGAUAUUGAUGCAAUACUGCAUAAUAUUACUCUUGAGUCGCUACUUGAAGUUAAAACCAAUUGAUCAUGGAAACGAUUAAUUCGAAUACUCCAAACCCAAUGUGAAUGUUCCAUGCGAGAUAAUAUAGGUUCUGUAGGUGAUCGAAUAUCCCAAAAUUUCAUAUAUCCAUCAUCUCCACAUGUAGAUAGAAUAUAUUGACGAUUCACAUUAAAAUCUAAGUCUCUAAAUAUAAGAUUAAUGUUAUAUUGAACUCUAUAUUUUUUAUAAUUAUAAAAUCUAUGAAUAAAAAUAAUCAAAAUUUUA